AUGAAGAUCUCCACUACCAUCCUCCUCACUACCACCUUUACAUUCGCCGCCCCUCACCUUACUUCAAACCAGCACCUGGGACCCAACCCAGCAAUCUGCUCGCCGAUAUUGAGACUUCAGUUCUACAUCAACGACCUGAACACCUACCCGACCCAAGGCGACAUCUAUAUGGCGCAAGCGCAAGCGCUGACCGUAGACGAUGAGUUGCAAUGUCCUACGAAAAACGGGAUACUGGAUAGUGAAGAACCGGCUAGCGACACUUGCAAGAAAAAUCAGGAGAUCAAGGACGCAGUUGAAGAGCUCAUAAUUUCUUCUUCCGAAGACAAGCGUCUCCGGUUGAAUGGGCUCAAUGCUGCUUGUGUGGAGUUGUAUGAGAUGAUUGGUUGUCCUACUAAGUAA